CCCGGGAGAGUCAAGGAUGGCUGACCAGGGGCUCGAAAUGACUUCCAUGAUCCCAGCCCUCCGGGAACUGGGCAGUGCUACACCUGAAGAAUAUAAUACCGUAGUACAGAAGCCAAGACAAAUACUCUGCCAGUUCAUUGAUCGAAUUCUUGUGGAUGUAGAUGUUGUGGCUGUGGAACUUAUGAAGAAGACUGAAUCUCAACCAAGUUCUGUAAUGUUGCUUGACUUUAUUCUCCAUAUCAUGAAAUCAUCUCCACUUGUGUUUGUAAAUGGAACUGGACCUGAUCAGCAAAAUGACACAGAGUCCAGCUGUAUUGAAUUCAGCAAUUGGAUAAUAGCAAGACUUUUGAGAAUUGCUGCAAGUCCAAGCUGCCACAUUUUACAUGAGAACAUUUGUAAUGUCAUUUGUUCUUUACUCUGCCUUUUCAAAGUCAAGAACUGUGUCUUGUUUAACUUGGCAACAAAAGAACUGCUGUAUCUUCUUCAAGAUCUGAUUUCAAUCCAUGAAAAAAAUAUAGAAACGAUUUUGACAUGGCCUGCGAUUGUGAGCAGAUUUUCUUGCAAUUCCACUGUAAAUCUGGGCAAUUUAAGUUCUGUCCAACUACAGUUAAAUGGAAUGAAUAAUGUAGAAUGCUUGGAAACAACUUCAAUAAGGAUUCUUACUUGUAUAGUUUCUUACAUGUUUUUCAAACCACAAGAUAUUAUCCUUUUUGGAAUAGGGUGCUCCCUUUUGGACUAUGGUAGUCCUAAAGUUAAAAUUUUGAGUAUGACAUUUUUAACAGAACUCUUAGAACUUGGAGGACUUCCAGAAGACCUAGCCAAUAAUUUCUUCUCAUUUCUAUUUGGAUUUUUACAAUCCAUUCCUGUAAUGGAUUCUACAAAGCUGGAAUUAUAUGAAGAACCACUCUUAAUAUUAGUGAGAACUUUAUUUCCUUUUCAAAUUAAUUCCCAUGAAACAUUUGAACCUAUUUAUCUAAACAUAUUACUGGAAAAACUUCAUGCAUUGUUUGAAGCUGAUGUGCUCAGGUUUCUCCAGUCUAUGAAAAUAAAAGAAGUAUUAUGUCACAUACUACAUUAUUUCUUGAUGUAUGUGCCAGCUGGAUAUGAAUCUGCUGUUCCGGUUAGAAAGACUUCUAUUAACAACAUUUGCAGAUUUUUCAUCUCAACAAUUGGAUGCCAGGUAGAACAAGAGUAUCUGCUGAGUCCACUCUAUGUAGUGCUGAAGACUGUGACAGCAGAAAUCAUCCGGGAGCUGCAGUGUAGCUGUUAUUCAGAGACUUCCGAUACUGAUGGGGGAAGUAGUAGCAGUAGUGAUGAUGUCCCACAAAAAAGGCUUCGUUUAUGUCUAUCCUUAAAACAUCCCAAAAAGUUGUCAGCGCCACCAAAGCCCCAUAUCAUGAACAUGAAAAUGAAGAGCAAGUUGUGGAAUUUGAUAUGCCAGAAGGCAGACUCUCUGAUGUCGCUUUUGGAACAAGACAACCUUCCAGUGGAAGCUCUGCAAACUGUAGAAGGAAUUGCUUUAAUAGCUCAACUGGCCACCAUAUGUACAGUCCAUUCUAGAGAAGAUUUCAACAGUGUAGAUCAUCAAGUUGUUCAAGUAUGUAAUUUAUUUGGUCAUGAAAAUGGUAAUGCUUCAGAAUCAAGAGAACACAUCCAGUUAAUAUGGGUUUCUUCAGAAUUUAUCAUGAGAGCAAUUAGAAUUUGUUGGAAGCUUCUGGAUAGUGCUUCACUGAUAUCAGACCUGGAGGCAGUGAUUCAAAAAGUGGUGAAAAUAAUUGAUGCCUUCCUUUAUAUGCAAGUUAAAUUCCAGUUUAACGAUGAAGUGUUUGACAACUUGUUUGGAAUACUAUCUUUGCCAUGGAUUUCCAGCCAUUUAGAUGAUUUCCCAUCCAUGCUUCCUGGUCUUAAUUUGGAUCUUUUUGCUUUGAGUAAACAUCUGCGGAUCCUCCAAGUGCUUUUGCCUGACCUUGCUGCCAAGGCUAGUCCUGCAGCCUCUGUACUUAUCCGAAUGAUAGCAAAACAACUAAAUGUAAACCGCAGGGAGAUCCUCAUUAACAAUUUCAAGUACAUCUUCUCUCAUUUAGUUUGCUUCUGUAGUAAGGAUGAGCUGGAGCGAGCACUUCAUUAUCUUAAGAAUGAAACAGAGAUAGAACUUGGAAGUUUGCUGAGACAGGAUUUUCAGGGAUUGCAUAAUGAAUUAUUGCUCCGAUUAGGGGAGCACUAUCAGCAGGUCUUCAAUGGAUUAUCAAUUCUAGCUUCAUUUGCUUCAAAUGAUGACCCAUAUCAAGGACCAAAGGACAUCACAUCUCCUGAGCAAAUGGCUGAUUAUUUACAACCAAAAUUGCUAGGCAUUCUGGCCUUUUUCAACAUGCAGUUGUUGAGCUCUAGCAUUGGAAUUGAAGAUAAGAAAAUGGCUUUAAACAGUUUGAUGGCUUUAAUGAAGCUUAUGGGCCCUAAACAUAUUACUGCAGUGAGAGUGAAGAUGAUGACAACACUAAGGACAGGGCUGAGAUAUAAAGAUGAUUUCCCACAACUGUGUUGCAAGGCUUGGGAUUGCUUUGUACGAUGUUUGGAUCAAAGUCAUCUUGGGUCUCUCUUGAGUCAUGUGAUAGUAGCACUCUUGCCCCUCAUACAUGUUCAACAAAAAGAAACAGCAGCGAUCUUCCAUUUUCUUAUAGUUGAGAACAGGGAUGCAGUCCAAGACUUCUUACAUGAAAUUUAUUUUUUACCUGAUCAUCCAGAAUUGAAAGAAAUCCAAAUAGUUCUUCAGGAAUAUAGAAAGGAAACUUCUAGGAGCACAGACCUGCAGACAGUGUUACAGCUCUCUAUGAAAGCCAUCCAACAUGAAAAUGUCGACGUUCGGAUUCAUGCUCUCACCAGUCUAAAGGAAACAUUAUAUAAAAACCAAGAAACUGUGAUAAAAUAUUCAACAGCUAGUGAAACUGUUGAGCCAGUUGUUUCUCGACUGGUGACAGUCCUCCUGAUUGGCUGCCAGGAUGUGAAUUCUCAUGUACGGUUACUCUCUGGGGAGUGUUUAGGAGAAUUGGGAGCUAUAGAUCCAGGCAGAUUGGAUUUCUCAACAAGUGACAACCAAGGAAAAGGGCUGCUAUUUGUGCCGGGUGUAGAAGAUUCAAAUUUUGCAUAUGGAUUACUCAUGGAAUUGACAAGAGCAUUCCUUGCUUAUGCUGACAAUGUCCGAGCUCAAGAUUCUGCUUCAUAUGCUAUUCAGGAACUACUAUCUAUAUAUAACCGUAGUGAGAUGUCUACUGAUGAAGCAGGUGCAGUGCUUUGGAAGAUGUUUCCAGAACAUAUUCAGGAAAUAUUGGAACCUCAUUUAAAAACACGGUAUCAAAAUUUAAUAAAGAAUAUUCCUCUAUUGUGCAAACAUUUGGACUUCAGAAAUGAUACAUUGAAUGUAAAAACUGUUGUUGAAGCUUUCUUAAAGCUUUUGGAAGAUCCAGAUAAAGAUGUAAGAGUGGCCUUUAGUAAUCGCAUCAAAUAUAUAUUAAAUGCUUCAGACUCUGAGGAAGAAUUCAUCAAAGAGCUGUUUGUUUCCAGAAUGAAAGAGGCUUAUACGAAUGCAAAAAUGUCCAGGAAUAAUGAGUUGAAAGAUACACUGAUUCUUACUACAGGAGAUAUUGGAAGGUCAGCAACAGGAGAUUUGGUACGUUUUGCACUGUUGCACCUACUGCAUUGUUUAUUAUCCAAGUCAGCAUCUGUGGCAGGAUCAGCAUAUACAGAAAUCAGAAUGCUAGCUUCUGCCAAGUCUGUAAAACUGCAGGCUUUUUUCAGUCAGUACAAGAAACCCAUCUGUCAGUUUUUAGCAGAAUCUCUACACUCCACUCAGAUGGCCCUGCUUGCAAACACUCCACGGCAAAGCAGUGAAAUGCAGAAGCAAGAGAUUGUUCAUCAAAGAGACAUGGUUCUGGACAUGUUAUCUGAAAUUGCUAAUGUUUUUGAUUUUCCAGAUCUUAAUCGUUUCCUUAGUGUACCAUCAAAUAAGGAAUAUGAAGAAUAUCAAAAUGUAGCUCGCUUUCUUGACCUCAUACCCCAGGAUACAUUGGCUGUGGCUUCUUUUCACUCCAAAGCUUACACCAGAGCUGUAAUGCACUUUGAAUCUUUCAUCAUAGAGAAGAAACAAGACAUUCAAAAGCAUCUUGGAUUUCUUCAGAAACUCUAUGCAGCAAUGCAUGAACCAGAUGCCGUAGAAGGAGUGAGUGCAUUACGGAAGGCUGAGCCAUCUCUCAAAGAACAAAUUCUAGAACACGAAAGCAUUGGGUUGUUGAGAGAUGCUAUUGCUUGCUUUGAUAGAGCAAUUCAGCUAGAACCAGAACAGAUAAUUCAUUAUCAGGGUGUGGUGAAAUCCAUGUUAGGUCUUGGUCAGUUCUCCACUGUAAUCACUCAAGUGAAUGGAGUACUUGCUAAAAGACCUGAAUGGACACCUGAAUUAAACAGUUACAGAGUAGAAGCUGCCUGGAAAUUGACACAGUGGGAUUCCCUGGAAAAUUAUCUAGCUUCAGAUGGGAAGUCUAAUACAUGGAGUAUUAGGCUUGGACAGUUGCUGUUGUCAGCCAAAAAGAAAGAAGCUGCCACUUUCUUUGAAACUUUGAGAACUGUUCGAGCAGAACAGAUAGUUCCUCUGUCAGCAGCAAGUUUUGAAAGGGGCUCCUACCAACGAGGAUAUGAAUAUAUCAUCAGGUUACACAUGCUUUGUGAGCUGGAGCACAGUGUUGGAUCCUUGCUUCAAAAACCUGAUGAUUACUAUGGUAAAGAUUCUUUGAACUGGCAUGCUCGUUUGGAAAUGACACAAAAUUCAUACAGAACUAAAGAGCCAAUCCUGGCAUUUAGACGGGCUCUGCUUGGCCUCGUCAAAAGACAGGAUGCCAAUGAGCAAAUGGGAGAAUGUUGGCUCCAAAGUGCCAGAGUAGCACGUAAAGCUGGUCAUCACCAAACUGCCUAUAAUGCUCUCCUCAAUGCUGGAGAAUCCAAGUUAUCUGAACUUUAUGUGGAAAGAGCAAAGUGGCUCUGGUCUAAGGGUGAGGCUCAUCAAGGUCUUAUCAUUCUUCAAAAGGGAGUUGAACUAUGUUUUCCAGAUAGUCAAGAAUUAUGUGAUGCUAAAAAUAAGCUCAUUCAUGGGCAAGCCUUGUUAUUGGUGGGAAGAUUUAUGGAAGAAACAGCCAAUUUUGAAAGUAAUGCAGUAAUGAAAAAAUAUAAGGAUGUCACCACCUGCUUGCCAGAAUGGGAGAAUGGGCAUUUUUAUCUUGCUAAAUACUAUGAUAAAGUGAUGCCUACAGUAACAGAGAACAAGAUGGAAAAGCAGGGAGAUCUGAUCAAAUACAUUGUUAUUCAUUUUGGAAGAUCUUUGUAUUUUGGAAAUCAAUUCAUAUACCAGUCAAUGCCAAGAAUGUUGUCUUUGUGGUUAGACUUUGGAGCAAAAGCAUAUGAAUACGAGAAAGCUGUUCGCCAUGAUCGUGCACAAAUGAAAAAUGACUUGGCUAAAAUUAACAAAGUGAUUACAGAACAUACACAAGUCUUGGCCCCUUAUCAGUUUUUGACUGCAUUUUCUCAGCUGAUUUCCCGAAUCUGCCAUUCACACGAUGAGGUCUUCCUUGUUCUUAUGGCAAUCAUUGCUAAAGUUUUUCUAGCUUAUCCUCAACAAGCUAUGUGGAUGAUGACUGCAGUAUCUAAGUCAUCCUAUCCAAUGCGGGCCACCAGGUGCAAAGAAAUCUUAAACAAAGCUAUUAAUAUGAAGGCAUCUUUGGGCAAGUUUAUUGUAGAUACAGCUCGCCUGACAGAUAAGCUCCUGGAACUUUGUAAUAAAUCGGUCGAUGGAAACACCUCCACUUUAAGUAUGGCUAUUCAUUUCAAAAACCUCAAGAGGCUGGUAGAAGACCAAACAUUCAGUCAGAUUCUUAUUCCUUUGCAAUCUGUAAUGAUACCAACUCUUCCUUCAGUUCCUGGAACACAUUCCAAUCAUGAUCCAUUUCCUGGAUGUUGGGCUUACAUUGAAAGUUUUGACGAUACUGUUGAAAUCCUUCCAUCUCUUCAGAAGCCCAAGAAGAUUACUUUAAAAGGUUCAGAUGGGAAAUCUUAUAUCAUGAUGUGUAAGCCAAAAGAUGAUCUUAGAAAAGACUGCCGACUCAUGGAAUUCAACUCCCUCAUAAAUAAGGCAUCUACAUGACUGGUAAAGAGCUACGUCAGUGUAUUAUUCCAAAGACAGCGCCUUUAUCUGAAAAGCUGAAGGUUUUCAAAGAAACUCUACUUCCUCGACAUCCUCCAAUUUUUCAUGAAUGGUUUCUGAGAAAAUUCCCUGAUCCUACCUCAUGGUACAGCAGCAGAUCAGCCUAUUGUCGUUCCACUGCAGUUAUGUCAAUGGUCGGGUACAUGCUGGGUCUUGGGGACCGUCAUGGAGAAAAUAUUCUGUUUGAUUCUCUAACUGGUGAAUGUGUGCAUGUAGAUUUCAACUGUCUGUUUAAUAAGGUGAGCAGCAUAUUGAAUGUAAAAUAUUUUUUAUGCCGAAGUAUGUUGGCAAAACAAUUACAUCUGAAUGUAAUAGUCUUCAAAUUUUUUCAAGCAAGUUUAACUUUCAGUCUUUGUGUUUUGAAGACGUUUCUGCAUGAUCCCCUUGUGGAAUGGAGUAAGCCAGUUAGAGGCAAUACAAAAACCUUGGUAAACGAAACUGGAGAAAUUGUCAAUGAAAAGGCCAAGACUCAUGUGCAAGAUAUAGAGCAGCGGCUGCAGGGUGUAAUAAAAAAUAGGAACAGGGUAAAAGGCCUACCGUUGUCAAUUGAAGGACAUGUUCACCAUCUUAUUCAAGAUUCAACUGAUGAAAACUUGCUGUGUCAGAUGUAUCUUGGUUGGGCACCAUAUAUGUGAUAUGCAGUCAUUUGCAGCCAACAUUGUUAGUUUUUUUUAAAAAAAAACUUUAGUAAAUUCUGCUAAUGCAGAUCAGUGUUUAAGUGUAUAUAUUGUAUAUAAAUACUGUUUCCACUGAUACAGUGGAAAUUCUGUUUAUAGAAUUUAUUCCAGUUAAAAAAAAUUGCUCACAAAAUGUUAUUCUGUUUAUCACAAUGCUGUUUCCACAAGCUUAAUAAUACAAUAGUAGGUCUUUGAGCUAGGAAUGUUAAAGAUACUGGAUGUAUAAUAGAAUAAGCCAGAUGAGAAUAAAUGCAGUUUAAAAAUAGAACAGAAUUACACAGUACAUUACCAUUCCUUUUUGUCCUUGCAGAGCAUUCUUGUUCUUACUGUGUCCAUGUACCACAUUGUUUAGAGUUUUUUCUUCUUUAAACACCUCACCUCUCUUUGAGGAUUUCAUUAAAUCUACUCACAUAAAAUUGUCAUUCUUCAAGUUCCUUUCAUCUCCUUUACUAUUCCAUCACAAAGCUGUUUUGGCUUCAAUCUCUUUUAAUUUUCUUACUUAACCAAACCAUUUCAACAUUACAUUGCAAAUCAUACAGUAAAAUAGGGUUUCAGUUAUGUUGCUCACAGUCCUAAUUCAUGUAUGUGUGAUUGUGUGUUACAGAAAGUGAAUGCAUUUAGGAUGAUUUGAAUAUGAAAUCAGGAAUAAAACGGUCUCAGAUUCCUAAUAGAGGAGAAAAAUGAGAGUCAAAAAAUUGUAGGUGGUCUACAAAGGAGAAUUCAGGAGAUUUAAAUAUUAAAUCUUUCAAGGGUAACUGAUAAAUGAGAAAGGGAAUACUUCACUGAGAAUUAUUCUUAAAAUAAUUUUCACCUAAAGAAUAUGUCUAUUAUUGUUAUUAAAAACAGUUGUACUUUACCCAAAACAUUGAUUUUAUGAUAGCUAUAUGUAGACAAACAUCCAUUAUUAUUUUCAGUAUGAAAUGUGUGUAUUUGUUUAUUUGCAUCUUUUCAAUAUAUUCUAUGGGUAAGAUUCUAUUUUUCAGUAGAAUAAAUUAUUUGAAUGAGAAUAGCACGUCUGUCAUUCCACUAUCAAAUAGUUAUUGCUGUUAGCCAAGUUUUUUGGCAUUCAUUUGGAAUCUAACUUCCAGAAAUUAAAUAAAUAUUCUUUCAGGUAUCUGAAGAUUACUGUAUCUCUACUAAAGUCUUGAGUUCUCAAGGAUAAGUAUGCCUACUCCUUCAAAAUGUUCAUACGAUUUGUAGAUUUUUGUGUCCUUAAUAUACUCACUGCCAUGCCCCAAAUUCAUUUGUUUGAAUCCUUAAAAGUGGUAACAGUUAGAAAUAAUGCUUUACAUGAGAUAUGGUGAACACUGAUGCUAACUAUAUUAUAAUAGUCAUAUCCAUUCAACUUUUAAUAAUAUCAUCACUAGGAGAAAUUAUAGAGUCAGGGCUAGGAAGAAAUGGACAACAAGCAUCUUUUUCAAGUAUUGUGGGUGCCAUGUUUGUGUUCCCGUGUGCCCCAAAGCACUUUUGAGAGAGUAACUCUGAAGCACAACUGUAUUAAAAUAAGAAUUGGCUUCACUUCCAGUUAAUUUCCUCCAGAAUAAUUUCAUUUUUAAUCAUUUACUGCACUUAAAUUACAUUAAAAUCCAGCUGUGUUUCUAGCUGGUACUUUCCACUGAAAUAAGACACUCUAUAAUAGCCCAAUAGAAUCAGUGAAAAGGAAAAGGAAGUAAAUUUUCUCAUUCCCCAUAGCAUUCCUAAAGGAUUAAUUUGUAUUCAUCCUAUCCAAACGAUCUCAGAAAAUCUUUCUGAUUCAUCAGAUACUCCGAGUGAGCUAUUUUAACUGGCCAUCUCUCUUUGCAAUAGUGGUAGUUUUGGUUAACCACCAUUAUGGAUGCAUAGAUAUGGUGGAGAUGUUCUCCAGAACCCAUUUCACAUUUCCAUAGUUAGGACUAUGACUAAUGUGUGACAACAAUAUAAAGGUUGGGUGGCUGAUAAGUCUGUAGUGCCACUGCAGAAAUAAACUCCCAAAUUUCCCCCAAUCUCAGUGAGAAAAGGUUAAAAUUAGCCAGUACCAAUAGUCUGAGCAAAUCCAUAUCCGUAAAAUCAAGCAGUUCAGGGAGGGAUACUGCCAUAUCUCUGUGAGAACAGCACAAAAGCAGCAACUCCAUUUUAUUCCUUUAGCUUAAUCUCACAUGCCAAUGUUCACAAUAGCCACGACUGAUCUCCUAGCACACAACUGCCUUUCUUGCUCGGGACAAGGAUAAAGGAAGACAUGAAACUCCUGGACCCAUCUCAGUAAGAGGAGCUCCUUAUCUAGCCAACUGUUAGCAGCACAUACAAGCAAUGCCUUCUCAUCCACAGUGGAGUCAUCAAUAAAGGCUGGAUUUAUUACCAUCCUACUAUUCAAAAAGCACCAAUUUCAGUCUGGCAUAUCCAGCAAUUUGGUUGCCUAAUUUGGGUUAAGUUUGGUAAGAGGGGUUGGAAUUAUAAACUGGAACCAAAUUAACAAAUUUGCUUCCCCUAGAAUGGGCCAGACUCUUUCCUACCAUUCUUUUCCAUACCCUUUCAGCUAUCUCAUAACCCACUCUCCCAGGCACCCAAUAACUGGUUAUAUGUGACACUCAACACCGAAUUGGAGUUAGGUGGUUGUGAAAAAUACCCAUUUCCCCACUAUUUC